AUGUCGGCUCGGCCAUCCGAUGAGCUUGCACGCCUGCAAGAGGAGCUGGAGCAGGAAGAGCAGGAUCUAGCCGCGCUGGAGGACAACGUCGAGGCUCACGCGGUCCAGCUUGGAUACCUGCACACAGAGUACACGCUCAACAAGACGCGUGUCUGCCAACACUACGAACCGCGCCUCGAGCCGCUGCGCGUCAUCACGUACGCGACUGCUCAGAAGGAGGCGCUCAUCGCUUUCCAGAUCGAGUGGCUGGAGCGCAAGAUAGUGAUGCAGGAGCGCCGCUCUCAAGGUGGGCAGUUUAUCGAGACCCGCGACAUGAAGCCGGCAGCGGAGGAGUACCAGAAGAAGGCGCAACAGUCGCUCCUACGCUGCUACGAACACAUCUCCGAGUGCCCAGAAGAUGCGCUGCACAUCAUCAGCCAGUACGUGUGUCCCCCGGAGGAGGCCAUCGAAACGAUGGAGCUGGUGAUGAAGGUGCGCGGCGAGCCCCCCGAGGCCUGCACGUGGGAGGCGUCGCAAGUGCUCUUCAGUCACACAUACUUCCACGAAUUCUUCGCUACGCGUAGCGAGGGUUUGUUGAAGAAGUACGACCUCCUCAGCGAUGAGCUCAUGACCGAGGUGGAGGGCUUCUGCGCCGAUCCUCACCACAGCGUAUCAGCGCUGUAUCGCAUCAGCAUCCCGAUCGGGUGCAUGGGAGAGUGGCUGCACUCCAUUCGGAAUUACUACCGUGUGAAGCUGGUGACGGCGCCGGUACUGCUGUCACAGAGCGCUGACACAGGUCGGAUGGCGAAGCAGGCGCAGGCGUGGCUGGCUGCGGUAACGCUCGGAGAGGUGCGCGAUCGAACGCCGCCGCAGCAGCAGACCACUGCCGCCAAGCAUGCCGUCACGGAGGAUGCUGAGCUCGGUGCCCUCGUUGCAGCGUACGAGGCAAGCAAAGAACACCUGCAGCUCACUACGGAGCCGGCCUCGGUAACGGCAGCCACGCUGCAGAAGUUGCGCCACCGCCUCCACAAACUCCGCGAGAGUGUGCGCACUGCGGAGGAGGAGCGCAUCGCCAUAGAGGGCGAACUGCAGGCGAAGCUCGCGGAAGUUCGUGGCAACUACGAUGAGACGAUGGUGCCGCUGGAGGAUCAGCUCGAGGAGAUGACGGAGUGCUUUGUCCAGCGCGUUACACAACAAUGGGACGUUGCUGCCGCUCCUCCGUCCCCCACCACCGCGGCGGCAAGCAUCGCCGAUAACGCCCCCGCCGUGGCAGCAGCUGGGUAG